CUGGCGAUUGCACUACGUACUUGAGUAUGUAGAUUCAGUCAAUUGGAGUAUAGAUCCUCCGUCGUCAUCAAUAUCGAAUACGAAUUGAUCACUGACAGGGCGUACGCUUACUGGUAAAAUCACCCCUGAAGGCUCCAACACUGUCAAACAGCAAAACCCACCAACCAAGAUGGAACCUUGAGGUCAGCACAACACGACAUUAUAAGACCCGCCGCCCCUCCGCGGGCUUCAUCCAUGACUCAGUCUCGACUGCAACAGCUCUUUCCCUCAUACAUACUCUUGAUAAUUCAACCACCCUCCUACCUUAGAAUCUCAAUUCACCCAAAGUCUACUCAAUCAAUCACUAUACCUUCUAACCAAUAUCAUGACAUCCUCCUUCCCCCCUCCCCCCGUCAGUUCCAUUGACUGGAACAAUGUCGGCUUUAAAGUCCGCGAUGUAAACGGCCACAUCGAAUGCCACUACAACACCAGCACAUCGAGCUGGUCGGCGCCGAAAUUCAUCCCGACCCCGCACCUCAGCAUCCACGGCAUGGCGCCGGGGCUGAACUACGGGCAGCAAGCGUACGAGGGGCUGAAGGCCUUCCGGCACCCGACCGACAGCAACAAGAUCACGAUCUUCCGGCCGGACCGCAACGCGGUGCGGAUGCGCCACUCGGCGGAGUUCAUCUCGAUCCCGCCGGUGCCGGAGGCCCUGUUCGUGGAAGCGGUGCAGCUGGCCGUGGCGGCCAACGCGGAGUUCGUGCCGCCGCACGAGACGGGCGCCGCCAUGUACAUCCGGCCGCUGAUCUUCGGGUCGUCGGCGCAGCUGGCCCUGACCGCGCCCGAGGAGUACAUGUUCGUCGUGUUCGUCAUGCCCACGGGCGUCUACCACGGGGUCAGCGCGGUCGAUGCGCUCAUCCUCGAGGACUUCGACCGCAGCGCCCCCGCGGGCACCGGCUCCGCCAAGGUGGGCGGCAACUAUGCGCCGGUGCUGCGGCACAGCGCCAAGGCCUACCGCGAAGGGUUCGGCAUCACCUUGCACCUCGAUAGUCGGACGCGCUCCGAGGUCGAUGAGUUCUCCACCUCCGCGUUCAUCGGCGUCAAGAAGGAUAAGGCCGAUGGCACCGUCACUCUCGUGCAGCCGGACAGCAACAACGCCAUCGACUCCGUGACCGCCGCCUCCGUGCUGGAGAUCGGCCAGCGCUUGCUCGGGUACAAGUCCGAGAGGCGCCGCGUGCCGUACGAGGAGAUCCGGGAGUUUGAUGAGGUCAUCGCCUGCGGCACCGCGGCCGCCCUCGUGCCCAUCCGCAGUAUCACGAUGCGGUCGAAGAACGACAAGUUUACGUUCCAGAGCGGCGGCGACGCGAACAACGGUGGUGAAGUCUGCGUCAAGCUCCUGCAGACGCUGAAGGGGAUCCAGAACGGGAAGGUCGAGGACAAGUUUGGCUGGAACUUGACCGUCGAGAGGCCGCCGCAGGAGCUGUUUGAGAUUGCGGCUGCCCCCGAGGAGGCGGAAUCGAACGGUGUCAAUGUGCCAUAAGUGGGUGUAAUGAGAUCAAGGACAGGCGACGAGGAAAUGCAAUUAAAAGUCAUUCAUUGGUUUGUUCCUAGCAUCUUGGCUAUUUACUCCCAUCACAUUAAGAACAUGACCCAUGCAUUGUCGAGAUUUACGUUAUCAUACAUGACAUUAGAUACCCCUAGUUCAAUUACUACCACUCUCACUUUCACUCUCGCUCUCGCUCUCGCUCUCACUUUCACUUUCACUUUCACUGUCGUCUUCGCUGUCACUAUCGUCAUCGGCUCCGGGUAUAGCUGGGGUCUUCGAUUGAAGAUUCUUGGUAGCCUCUCUCUCUCUAGACUUCUUCUCCUCUUCUAAUUCCUUCUUGCGUCUCGCGGCUAAUUCUUUCAGUGUGCAACGGGUCGC